UGUUUUGAUUUUAGUACUUUUUGUUAACGAAAAACUAAAAGUGAGAAUUUGAAUUUUCGUGUAAUUAAUUGAAAAAUUAUUUGUUUUAGAAUAUUCACAAAUAUUUUAUUAUGUAUAAAUAAUGGGUUUUAAAACAGAUUUAUCUCUUAACUGAAAAUAAAAAAUAUCAAGGUUUAGUUUUUCAAAAGACGAAUGAUUAAAAAAAACUCAGCGCUACCCAUUUACCACUAAACUCGCAUUAAAAUGUAAAAGAUAUUCAAUAGUUUGUUAUUGUCCAAGUUAGUGCUGUUAAGCUUAAUUAACUGACGUAAUCAUCUAUGAGUACCUCAUCGCAAUUACGUACCAUACGAAUCGACACAAAAAUUGGUCAUUAUACGUAUUAAAUCUUCCUCCACUUAUUUGGGAUGCUUUAGUGUAUGUUAAACGAUGCGCUGAUGUAAUCGCCACAAUGAACGAUCCGUGGGAUGUCAAAUGUGUCCGACAAUCUGGCCAAUAUGUAUCGUGUCUUAAAUUAAAUGGUGUACCCCUUCUACCACCGGUUCUGUCCAAGGAAUGUCGCAAAGAGAUGCAGUAUUAUAAACUUUUGGCUAUAGAGGUUGAGAAAAGAAUUCAAGCACUAAAAACAUUUGUGCUUGAAAGUGAUGACACAGAGUCUACUGAAGACAAGACAGAUGCCCCUGAACUUCCUGAAUCAGAACAAGAUGAUAUUUCAGCCAAUGAUAAAAAAGAUUUUAAUUAUAAUUCAAUUACAACAAAAGAUCUCGAAAAAAGUACCCUACAUUUAGAAUCUCCAGUCACAGAAUUAGAGAGUUUAUCUAAGACCCCAUCAAAAUUUACAAUAGACCUAAGUUUAAGCAUUAAUGAAAAGAAUGGUUUCCAAGAUACAAAUUCUAUUGAAGUUCCAGUCAGAGACUGUGAAUGUCCUAAUGAAUUGGAAAAUAUUGAUUCUAAGAUUGAUUCUUCUAGAGUAGUUGAGGAUAAAGUUGUUUUUAGUGUCAGUGUAAACAAAGAAGAUUUAAUUGAACCCCUUUCCGUUCAUCUUUAUGAAGAUGAUCCUCCAUCUCUUUCUGCAAAAAGCUUUACAGGCUCGUUGAACAAUAUUCAUACAGAAAGUAAAGGUAGUGAUAGCAUUCCACUCUCUCGCCAAAGAUCUUACACAAUUUUAACACCCAGUCCUAUGCUGCUUGCUCAUUUAGAAAUCCAGUCUUUGAACACUGGAGUUGAAAUAAAUUCUAUAUCUAUGAGUGAGUCCACAUCCAACCUUUUUUCUCCAAAUAAAAAGCGAAGAAGUUGGGACUUGGAAUCUGCAAAAGUAAAGUGGUCAUCUAUGGCACUUGAAUUAAAGCAAAAGAACAUAAAGACAGCUAGUAAGAACCAGAAAGAUAUUACUAAACUAGCUAAAAAGACACCACCAUCUACAUCAACACACAUUAGAGCAAGGUCGCUUACCCAGGAGAGUACAAAACGAGUUGUUAAUAUCCAUAAUCUUCCAAACCAAUCGGAACCCAUAACAAAACCAAAGAAAAGUCAAAGUCCAGUACGAAACACUACUAUGAUGAGUAAAAUUAGUAAAACACCGGUUAUGAAAGUGAAUCCUAAAGAUAUAGAAAAGAAAGAAACAUCACCAAAACCACUUGUAUCAGAGUCAGAAGACCCUGCAACUAGAGUCAGAGAACUUUAUGAAAAAAUACAAAAACAGCAGCUUGCCCAAAUGGCUACUCUAGUGGAAAAACAGAAAAAAGAGCAAAUUCUUUUGCAACAAGUUUUUGAAGAGCAGAACAAAAUGUUAUAUAAUCAACUUCAGACUAUUUGCCCAAAACCUCCAAACGACGUUAAGGAAGCAUGGGUUGAGAAAACAGAGAGGGGCCCCGUUAGUUUGAACCAACUCAUCAAUCAUAAAAGCUCUUGUGAAAGUCCCGUCCAUUCGACUAUUACAGAUACUAAUAACUAUUUAAAUCAUUGUGAUAAUGUUCUUAAAAAGUCAAGAGACAUAACAUCAAGUAUAAAGAAAGGAAAGGUUUGUGCGGUCAAUGAAAAGAGCCCACAAAAACCGACACAGACCGUAAAAAAAAGCCAGUCCCCUGUACGUAGAAAUGGAACCUCGAGAAAGCUAACCUACGACACGUCUUCUGACCGUGAAUUUGAACUAAUAUUAACCGACCGCACGAACGAUACGAUGGCAGAUUUAAAUGUGACGUUUCCGUCUGACAAUAGUGACGAAUGUCCUUAUACUCCACCGAAAAAUACUAAAAUUUACCACAAGAACGUUAGCCCCACAGCGAUGCCUCUUGCGGAACCCUGCAAGUCCACUGACAGAGCUAUUAAGAGCAUGGAAGAAACGAUUCAUAAUUCCAUAAAAAGUAUGUGUUCCAGAAGAGCGCCAAGUGUUUGCCGGCAGACGACCCCACAAGAGCGCGCAGCGGCAACAAAGAUCGUGGCGUAUGCCAAAGGUUUCCUCGUGCGCAGACUGAUGCGCACGGAACGCGUGCAAAGCACCGUUCAGACUAUCAAAGACGCGUUGUUAUGCGCGCUGCAGUUGCAUCAGGAUCGCGAGGGUAUCAGCGGGGCUGAUGUUGAUUUACACAGGCGCUUGAUUCAGCAGAUAACAGCAGCGUGCUACUCUCUCCACGAUACAUUUAUAACGAGCACUGCAACUGAGCGCUGCGCCAUGAUUUCGGCAGACCGCGGUCGACGACGCUCACUAGCCAACCGGCCACCUAUAAGGCAACACCGACCUACGGACCUAAUGUCACAAAGUCACUGCGGUGCGUUUCCCGCGCGCAGCAAGCGAUCGACGAACGCGUCUCUAAUGACUCAAUCCAAUUAUGAGACUUUUAGCGGCGAAAAGAGCAGCGUACGCCGCUAUAUGCCGAGCCCGCGACGUCGUCCAUGGCGCUGACCUUGUAUGCCCGCCUUUAUCACGCGAUGUUGGCUGCGUGAUUACACCUAAAGAACGCUAACGAUAAAAUAUCCUAAUGCGCCGUAGAAAAGAUAAUGGUUUCACGCCCUAAUUAUAUGCCCAGAUUUUAAUAUAAUUAACAUAAAGGUAUCAUUUAGUGCAUAGUCUUUGGCAAACACAACAGACAGACGCAAGACGGAAAUAUUUCGCGGCUAGUGUGACCCUCUAUCGCAAAUAUUUAAUUGAAGGGCGACGUCUCUAACAUUGACAGUUCACGAUAGCUGUAAAAUAAUUGGCCAUAGAUAUAACACUUUUCACAGAUCAUAAGCUAGACGAUUGAAUAACUCUUAUGAUUGACGACAAAUUAAAAUAUUCAUUUCCGAGUUCCGUGAUAAAACUAGCAUGGGGAUUUACAUUUUGAUUUAAAUAUUACAAAACAAUUUCAUUAAAAUCUAAACUUGAAUAUUCUUAUUUAUUUAAAUUUAAUUUGUAAAUCCUUACACGUUAUUGACAGAAUAAAUUGUGUUUUCCAUCUUUGAAUAUGAAUAAGUUCAAAAUGUAUCUAGCAAAGAAAUUAUUACCCGCUUUGUCUUACGUGCUAGGUAACUUAAGUUAGCUUUUUAAUUAUAUUUAAUUUUUACAUUUCCGAUAUAAACAUUAAAUGGUGAGCCAACCUUAAUUUUAAUUACGAAUCAUGUUUAAUAUUUCACAUUGUAUAUGAGUGUAUUUAAAAUAACUUAGUAUCGCGUUAAUAAUUAAAUUCCAUUAAAAUGAUACAAUUAUUGUUAAAUAUUAAUAAAUUAUGUCUUAUUUUCUUUGAACGUAAAAAGUAAACGAGAUUUUUUACUAAAGGAAUUGCUACUAAUUAUAAUUAUAUAGUAUAAUGUCAAACUCAAUAGUACAAUAAAAAUUUGAUUUUAUACUUUUAUUAGACAAGUGUGGAAAAACUCGUAAAACGAAGCCUAUUUUACACGUUAGCUUUCCACACUUUUUUGCCGAUUCCACUCGUAAUACAGUGUGUGGACGCGACGGUACUGUGGCAUU